AUGUUUCGGGAUGUUCUGGAACGUUCAGGAACAUCCCAGAACAACCCAGAUCAUUGUGGAACAUUCCAGAAUACUCUUGAAUGUUGUGAUGAAAAAUCAAAUGAAAAAGUUGUGCAAGGUAUUAACAGAGAAAAAGUGGAAAAUGUACUUAGAAAGAUGAAAAUGAGUAAAGCAGUAGGCACUAAUCGAUUUUCCAUUGAGGGUUGGAGAGUGCAUCCGAUACAAAGUUCCUUAGGAAACAAAGACGAAAGUGGUACGUGGCAGGGAAUUACCGGACAAGUGGCAAACCAGGAAGCAGAUGUGGCCUUUAUACCUAUAGUUCUCAACUACGAACGCUUCUCUGCAAUGGGGUUUUCGUCAGCUUUUUUAUUUCCCUCUACAGUUUUUCUUAUUAGGACUCCAGAUAAAGUUUUUGAUUGGAAUUCUGUUACGAAGCCUUUUACCUUAAAUGUAUGGAUCGCUAUAUUUUCUAUUGUAUUGAUAUUUGGACUAACGCUAUAUAAAGUGCUAGAGAAGGACUUUGUUGCUGCAAAAGCAGGAAAACGGUGGACUCUGUGUACAGUUUUUUGGAAUUUAGUUUGUACAUUACUGGGCAAAGGAUUGAAUCUAGAGAAAGUGAAAAGAUUUGCGUCCAGAUUCAUGAUAGGAAUUUGGUGGUUAUCGAUUUUUGUUUUGGUAUCCGGUUAUAGUGGAGCGUUAAUGUCUUUUAUGACAUAUCCUUUAACUGAGUCUAUUCCAAAAGAUUUUCAAGAACUUUCUGUUUUUGUCCGCAACGGUGAAUACUCAUGCGGAACGUACAAGGGAUAUGCUACUUGGAAAGAUAUCAUGGAAUCGAAAUCAGAAAGUAUUAAUAUUUUAGGUGAAAACAUUCUGUCGAAUAAUAAUUCAAUGACUAUUGCAGAAGGCAUUAAAAAAGCACAGAAUGAACGAUUUGCAUACAUAAUGUUUAAAGGUCUCUUAAAUAACCACAUCAGUAACGUAGAAAGGCAUAAAUAUGUGAUGUCGAAAGAUUCUUUUCGUACAUAUAUGUGUGCUUAUAUAGUCAGAAAGAAUUUUCCAUUUAAGAAGGAUAUGACUAACAUAGUAAGUCGCAUGUUUGAAGCUGGAAUUUUUGAAAAAUUAAAUAAUAAAGAAGUUAAAGAAUUCCAAGAAUCAUCAAAAUUCCGACCAUUGUCAAUUGAAGAUAUUGAAAGUCCUUUGUUACUUAUGGGCAUUGGAUAUGUAGUGUCUUUAUUCUGCUUAAUCAUUGAAAUAAUAUUAACUAAAGUAAUGAAAAUUGUUACAUGUAAUCCACUUUACUAAUGUAAAAUUAUAGAAUUUAUCAAUUAUGAUAAUUCUGAUAAUCUUUUCAACACAAAUAAGAUAAAACUUUAU